AUGGGCAGUUUCCAGUAUAUGCAUAAAAAUGGAGGCAGCCGUGCCGGAGUUGUUUUUUUAACUUGUGCUGUCGUUGGUGGUGUGCUUGCCUUUCAUAUCAACUUAAUCUCUUAUAAAAAUUUGCCCAUGGUUAAAAUCUCUUUGGAAUCAAAUAGAGAAAUUGAAAUUACAAAGGAUAUUGUCUUGGACCAUGAAACAUUUGAAUUAGUAGGCAAAGCACUAAAUCAUCACAGCUUAGAGGAUAUUUUAGAUGUGUCAUACAGCAUAAGAUCAAAUUAUGCCCAAGCCAAGUGCCUUUUGGACAUGGCUGAAAAAAGAUGCAGUUCAGAACUCCAACAAGAAAAUGUGGACAUCCAAAAAGCUGGGCUUAUGAUUCAGCACAAAUUGGAUGUUAAACCCCUUCUUGAAAAACUACAAUCAUCUGAUGACAAGAGAGUCGACUUUCUCAGGGGAGUAUUUCUUCUUAAUAUGAACCAAAUUGAAGAUGCUGAGUUUUGUUUUGAAAAAAUAGGCUAUAAAAAUGGACUGGAAAGAUGUGCAGUAAUGAAAAAGGACACAAAAGAAAUGUCAAUUAGCAACGAUCCAAUAGUUAAGUGUUAUUUCAGUUCAAAGAACUGGAGUAAAUUUGAUGCUAGCGUUGAUAACAACAAUUUUCUUUAUAUAAUUGGCAAAUCAGAUGUGUUUGAUGACAAGGAAAACGUGGAUAUAAAAAUAAAACAUAUUGAGCAGGAAAUUGACAGUUCAACGGAUGCUAUGAUAUUGAAUGGGCUAAUUGACAAGCUCAAUGCUUUAAUAUGUGAGGGUGUCAGCUCUCCACAAAUAUUGUACGAUAUUGGAAAGAUCUACCACAUAUUAGAAAAUUAUGAAAGUGCAGCUCAGUGGUACGAAAAGGCACUAAGCCUUGACAUAGACUAUUUACCUGCAAAGUUCAAUCUAUCACGGAUAAAAAACGAACUUGUUGAAUGUAAGCAUAAAUGUACAGCCAUUCGAGACUUUAAUGCAAUUGUUUCCCUAAAAAAUCUAGUUUUUGAUGUUGAUUUGAAUGAUUGCUCUGAUUUUGUAAGAAAACUUUGCUGGAUUAUUAUACAGGCUAGAAAUAUGAACAAAUCUGCUAUACCUGAAAUGAAAAGUAUUUCCAAGUACAUUGAUCAUGUUGCAUUAGAAAAUAACAAAGCCAUUCUAAUGGAUAACGACACAUCGAUUGAAAUAUUCCAAAACUUGAUGAAGAACAUUGAUUUCAACCGUUUAGAAUUUGUCAAGUACAACUUAGGAGUAUCAAAAAGAGAUGUCAAACUGCUUGAAGAGUGUAGUCUGCCAGAGGCCCAUCUUUAUUGUGAUUAUUUAAAAAACAAUAUCAGCACAUCUGAUAUUAAAUUGAGAGCAUAUUUGACAGGAGACAAAAGUCUAGUGCAUGACAUGAAUGAUCCAUUUUGUGUAAUAUUUGUUGGAAAUAAGCUCUUGGAUGAAUUUACUGGAUCGCAUUGCCUGGAUACUAGUUUGCUUGACAAGGCAGAGGCAGUCUUCCGAUCUUCUACUAGCUCCCCAUUAUGCAUUAAUGGAUUAGGCAUUUGUGCAGUAUUUAAAAACAAUAUUACUGUUGCCAUAAAGCUAUUCAAUCAGAUUACUUCUGAGUUUUCAGGUGCAUUUAAGAAUCUUGGUUUCUGUUAUUUACUUCAAAAAAAUUAUGCUAAGGCAGUUGACUGUUUUUUACAAAUGUCAUCAGUCAAGCUUUCAAAAUCUGAUGAAAAGGCAUUGCUGUGUUUAGUUGAGAAAACAAAAGAUUUACGAAUGAUUGAUUUUCUCAUCGAAAAAGGGCUUGACCGUUUGAAAAAGACAAAGGCUCUUAUUCUUCUUGAAAGGGGUGAUAUUAAAAAGGCGGUUGACUUGAAAGUUGAAGAUUCUGAAGUAUUAGAAAAGAUUGAUGAAUUGAGAAAGUAA